UGGUUCCAUGUCGUCGAGUGCGACCUGUGCUGACACGGCCUCGACCAUGCCCACCAUUCUCAAGCCACCGUCCGACUCUCGCGACUACCGCUACAUCGAGCUGGACAACGGUCUGCGUGCCGUACUGAUCUCGGACCCGUCGUCCGAAAAGGGCGCGGCUGCGUUGGACAUGGGCGUGGGUCAGAUGUCGGAUCCGGAGGAACUGCCUGGCCUGGCACACUUUCUGGAGCACAUGCUGUUCCUGGGAACGGAAAAGUACCCGGACGAGACGGCGUACUCGUCGACGCUCAAGAAGCAUGGCGGCUCUUCGAACGCAUACACGCAGUUUGAGGACACGGUCUACUUUUUCGACGUUGCUGCGCCAGCGCUCAACGAGUUGCUCGACAUCUUUGCGCAGUUCUUUGUGGCGCCGCUCUUCACCGCAGACGCGACCGGCCGCGAGCUGAACGCGGUCGACUCGGAGCAUGCCAAGAACAUGCAGGUGGACGUGUGGCGGACGAUGCAGCUGAUGCGGACAACGUCCAGCGAGGACUACCCGUUCUCCAAGUUUGGCACCGGCUCCAAGGAGACGCUCGAGACGACGCCGGCGGAGGCCGGCAUCGACGUCCGCGACGCCCUGCUUGCCUUUCACGCCAAGUACUACUCGGCAGCGAUUGCAACCCUGGCGGUGCUUGGGACCGAGUCGCUCGACGAGCUAGAGGCGACCGUCCGUACCAAGUUUGCGGCCAUGCCGCGGACUGCUGAUGCGCGCCCUGUUCAUCGCGCCGACGGCGUUGUUGACUCCACCAACCCCGAUUCACUGCCGUUUGGCGACGGCGGUGUCGGCCAGUGGUUUUCGGUCGUCCCGGUCGCUGACGCCCGCUCGGUCGCGCUCUGGUUCCCGGUCCUCCCCUGCGCGCCGCACUACAAGACGCGUCCAGCGUCGGUGCUCGGCCACCUGUUUGGCCACGAGUCUGCAGGCUCGAUUCUGGCGGCGCUCAAGGCCAAGGACUGGGCGACCGGGCUCUCGGCAGGGCUUUCGGGCCUGGCCACCGCCGACUUUGACAUCUUUACCGUCUCGGUCGACCUCACCGAAGCCGGCGAGGCCAACGUGACCGAGGUGGUGGCAACCAUCUUUGCGUACGCGGACAUGGUCCGCGCGGCCGGCCCGGCGGCGCUCGAGUGGGUCUACGACGAGCUGGUUGCCAUGGGUAAGGUCUCGUUUGCGGCCAAGGAGCCGCAGGCGCCGCUCAAGACCGCGCUCUCGGUCGCAUCGAACUUGCAGCGGGUGGCGCCCGAGGACGUGCUCGCGUUCUCGACCCUCUUUCUCGCUGACGCCUAUGAUCCGGAGCCGGUCCGUGUUCUGCUCGAGAGCCUCACCCCGACCAACGUCCGCGUCCUGCACCUCUCCAAGUCGGUGGCGCCGCUCGCCAACGCCGAGGAGCGGUGGUAUGGGACUUCGUACGAGCAGCACGCACUCGACGUGGCAGCAGUGAGCAAGACCGCCGCCGAGCUCGAGGUCGAGCUCAGCCUCCCGACGCCGAACCUGUUCAUCCCAACCAACCUUGAGCUCAAGAAGCUUGCUGGCGGGGCGGAAGCCGGCGAGACGUACGCGCCGGUUGUCAUUGCCGACACGCCGCUGGUCAAGCUCUGGCACAAACAGGACAACACGUUUGCGACGCCCAAGGCCUCGGUGUGUGUUAAGAUCAAGACACCGCUGGCGUACGCCUCGCCGCGGUCGGUCGUCCUCACUGCGCUGGCCAUCAACAUGAUCAAGGAAGAGCUCAACACGUACGCGUACUUUGCCGAAGUCGCCGGCCUCAAGUUUGCGCUCGCCUACGAUCCGCAGGGCAUGGUGGUCCAGGUCUCGGGCUACAGCGACAAGCUGCCGCAGCUGCUCGAGGCUGUGGUGGGCAAGCUUGCUGCGCCGGCGCUGGAUAGCGAGAGCGUGUUCCUUGCGCAAAGGGACCUCAUGACGCGGGCAUACCUCAACGCUCGCAAGCAGCAGCCAUACAUGCACGCGUUCCAGGCGGCCAAGGCCACGCUCAUCGCACCCGAGUGGACGCCGGAGCAGAAGCUGGCCAUCAUCGGCUCCGUCAAGCUCGCCGAUGUCGUCGCCUUUCUUCCGCGGCUCUUUGCCCAGUUUUCGCUCGAGGCGUUGGUCCACGGCAACGUGACACCCGACGAGGCGCUGGUGGCGGUGACCUCGCUCUCUACGGCCUUGACCGAGGCGUACUGCUCGGUCCCGCUGGCAGCCGAGCUCGCCCAGCCGCGGCGGGUGGUAGCGCUCGGCGCUUCGCGCCCAGGCGCAACAGCCCCGCUGGUGGUUGCCGAGCUCGGGCCCGACGCCGACAACGCCAACUCGGCCAUUUACACCGUGUGGCAGGCCGGAGUCAACAGCCCGGCGGCCGAAGCCAAGGUCGGCCUCCUCGGACAGGUCAUCAACCAGCCGGCCUUCCACGAGCUGCGAACCAAGCAGCAGCUCGGGUACAUUGUUGACGUCAGUUCGAGCGAAAUGGAGGGCACUGUCUGCGUCCGCGCCGUCAUCCAGUCGGCGGUCAAGGACCCGGCCGCGCUCGACGCCGCACUCGACGCCGCGCUCGCGGACAUCCGCGCCGAGCUGGCGCAAAUGUCGGCUGAGGAGUUUAGCCAGCACGUGGCGGCGCGCAAGCUCGCGGUCUCUGAGCGGGACAAGCGCCUUGCGCAGGAGACAAACCGGUUCUGGGGCGAGAUCUCCAAAGAGCGGUACGUUUUUGACCGCGUCUCGCAGGUGGUGGCGGCACUCGACGCCGUGUCGAGCGUCGACCAGCUCCUUGCCUGGUACGACGAGGUCAUGGUGCCUGCCAACAAGGCCUCUUUCUACCUCUAUGCCGCUGCGAUGGUCGAGGCCGGUGCCAAGCUCCCUGCCGCUGUCGAUGGCGUGGCCUUUAAGCGCGGUGCGUACUUGUACCCGCUGCCGUGAGAUGGAGCUCUACUGGGCACUGGCCUCGGCGGCCUUGCGGGUGGCGACGACUUCGCUAAUCACGUUCUUGAGAACGUUAAACGCGCCGCGCUCGAUGAGGAGAAA